GACACUUGCAUAGUGUAGAGUCAGAAUGACCUCAUCAGCUGACAUGACAUGCCCAGAAUUAUGAAGUUGUUUGUUCACACGGACUCGUGAUCGCGUCGUGAGGCCUUUUGGAGCGGGUUUAGCGGGCCUGAUACCAGUGGAUGGACUGUGAAUACACGGCGCUAACCACAGACUCUACAGCCAUAGAAGAAGUAGAAGACGUAGCACCGACACAGCUGUCAGUUUCCAAGUCAGAUUUAGAAGACGAGACCGAGGAAAUAGAACUGUUCGACAUGAGCGCCGUGAAGACAGUGCAAGCGUCGGUCAACCAGGAGCGUCAGCCACUGAUAGGCAGCUCAGACACAGACCCAGAGACAGACGUGCGAGUACCCAACUCUCACAACAAGGAGCUCUUGUCAGAAGCAAGAGCAUUCACCCCAAAUUCUGUCUCCAACUUUGAAGCAUUAGUGCAUCUCCUGAAAGGUAACAUUGGCACAGGGCUACUGAGUCUACCAGUGGCAGUGAAGAAUGCGGGGGUCGUUGUGGGUCCAGUGGGCCUGAUUGUGAUGGCUGUAUUUUGUGUAUACUGUAUGCACAUGCUGGUCAGAUGUAGCCACAAGCUCUGCAGAAAAUGUGGUCACACCAGUAUGGACUACGGUGAGGUGGCAGAGAACGCCUGUCGGGUGGGGCCGAUCAUGUUCCUACGGCGACACCGUGUGGCGGUGAGGAGAGUCGUGAACGCCUUCCUCCUGCUGACCCAGCUCGGCUUCUGCUGCGUCUACUUCGUCUUCAUGGCCAGGAACGCAGAGCAGAUCCUCCAGUCCUUCCCCGGCCUGCAGCACGCAGAGUUCCCCCCAGUCCAGGCCUUCCUCGCUGCCUUCCUCCUGCCCAUCAUGCUGAUCUGCUUCAUCCAGAACUGGGACCACCUGGCGCCCAUCUCCACGGUCGCAAACGUUGUGAUGGUGGCCGGCCUGGUGCUGAUCUAUCAGUACAUCUUACGGCGGCUCAAAAACCCCGCCAACUACCCAGCAUUCUCCUCUGUGGGAGAGCUGCCGCUCUUCUUUGGCACAGCGAUAUACUCUUUUGAAGGGAUAGGAAUAGUUCUUCCUCUGGAGAAUAAGAUGCAGAACCCGCAGUCCUUCCCCAUGGUGAUAAACGUGGGCAUGGGGAUGGUCACCUUCCUGUACGUGUCACUCGGGUUCUUCGGAUACCUCGCCUUCGGGAAUCACGUGGAAGGGAGCAUCACCCUCAACCUACCCACCAUGCCUUCACCAUCUGUAACUCCGUCAGAGCAAGCGCUGUAUGUAGUGGUGAAGCUGAUGUUUGUGUUCUGUAUAUUCUGCACCUACGCCGUGCAAUUCUACGUCCCCAUCAACAUCAUCUGGCCUUCCCUGAAGUCACGAGUCAGUCAUCGGUUCCAGACAGUCGCAGAAUACCUCCUCAGGGCAGCUCUGGUCAUCAUUACAUUUGGGCUGGCAGCAGGAAUACCAGAGCUGGGUCUCUUCAUCUCCCUUGUGGGUGCCUUCAGCAGCAGUGCUCUGGCGCUCAUCUUUCCUCCACUUAUAGAACUACUGGUCAAAUACGAGGACGGCCUCCACUGGUUCGUUGUCCUCAGGAACGUAGUCAUCUUCCUGUUUGGUUUCGUAGGGUUUCUAGCCGGUUCGUACGUUUCCAUAGCACAAAUUGUGGACUCAUUUUCCAGAAAAGUAGCGCCAACGCUUGCACCAACAUUUUCCACAGGAUAAUGUUUGGGGGGAUUUCCUUAUUUUGUGUAUGUUUUAAAAUGGGUAGAGUCAGUUUACAAUUAGACAUCUUCUCACAAUCAUGUUGAUUUGAAGUCUAUGGGGUAAAAUUACAAGUCUGUACUUUUCAAGACUC